AUGGCCUACGGCGCGCGCGGCGGCGGCGCCAUGACGCAAGAUCUAGGUGGACUCGAACGGGAACUCUCGAGCCGGUUGGAGUUGGAGCACACCGUGCUCGAGGCGCGCGCGCAGGAGUUAAGGCGAGAGGCGCGGAAGCAAGCCCGGCAACGGGCGUUCCUGCGCGAGGAGAGAAAACGAGCGCGCGACGAAAAGGAGGCUAUCAUUCGAGAUGCAGCCAAAUUGGAACACCGCGACAAGGACGACUGGUUUCCCCGCGAUUACCUCGACGCGACGCCCCAGAAACGACUUCGACUGAAUGUCGGAGGCCAGAUCUUCGAGAUCAACGUCGCGAAGCUAGACAACGACCCCGACAGUUUGUUGGCAGCCUUGGCGGCCGAGGACUGCCCGUUGUUCGGAGAUGAUCGGGGGAAACGCGUCGCUUAUGUCGACCGGGACUGGUGGACCUUCCGGCACGUCCUCGCGUUUCUGAGGGACGGCGUCUUGCCGGCUUCUCCGUCCCUGGCUCUACCUUUGUAUCGCGAGGCGGCCUUCUGGAGAUUGGGUUCGUUGCAACGAGCCGUCGAGGAGACGCAUUUACAUUUGACAAGGACGAAGAUCGACGUCGACGCCAAGGGCGAAGUCACGGAAGAAAAGCAGACCAAGGAGUCAAAAUUCUGGCUCAGCAAGCCGAACUGGUGGGAGGCCCAGGCGCCCUCCUCCUCAAAAAAGAAGGAGGGCGAGAAGGGCGAGGACGACAAGGACCCCGACUGGUGGAAGGACCGCGACGACUAUCGAGGGGCGCGCUUCGCGCUGUCGACGGACCCGGAGAAGGUCGUGGCCACCUCCGAGGACGUCGAGGAGAAGAAGGACGUCUACCCGAUGCUCUCGUCGACGUGGGGCUACUACCACUGA